AUGAGAGGAAGUUCUGCGCGUGAAUCGAAUGAUGUUGGUCCGGCGGCAGCGUUGGCGAUGAUGUUGGAUCCGGAAGGUCGUUUUGCGGAGACUGACGAUUGCGAGUUUAAGAUAACGAGUGUGUUGUUUGGAUCGCGUGGGCAAUUGGACAAGAGUCAAGGUACAUUGUUAGAGGUGGUGUAUGGUACGACGGAUCCUGAAGCUGGUGAUUUGUUGGAUGCUGCGAAUUACGUUCAAUUGGCUGCAGGAUCACCUUUGAAUGAACGUGUGCCGGCAUCUGUAUUGCGAGGUUUUGUAUGGAGUAUAGCUAAUCGUAUGUUGGAUCAAAUACCGACAUCUACAGUAUCUACAUUGGGUGCUACAAGAUUUCGACAUCUACAGGCUCAGCUUCUUGAUAAGAUAGCUGGUCCUUAUGCUGACAAGAUCAAGAAUGAGGAGCGUCCAAUGUUCUCUUUUGAAUUUAAUUCGUACGCAGCGUGCGUUUUACCGGCUGGUCGCCAUCUAAGUGCUGAUCAGUAUGCCUUGAAUGAGAAGCUCUGGAAUGAUCGAAGCUGGAACGAAGAUACCUCCAAUUGGAGAUCCUGGUGGACAGAAACUCAACUACGCGAGUGGGAUUGGAGCAACGACUGGGAUAGUGUCCAUUUCGCCCGAGAUGGACUCAGCACAAGGGACGUCGAACCUGGCUACACCAAAACCACCUACACUAAGACCACUACCUACACAUCCGAUGAUGGUGAUUACAACCCUGGUACUGAUGGUAAGAAUAAAGGUCACACUCAAAUCAAGGUAGUAGUCCAAAAGGACGGCGAGGAACCCAGAAUCAUCUCCGAGACAGUGAAUGGUGUCGAAAAGAUUGUUAAUACUGAUUCCAAGAACGUCGCAGAAAAUAGACGAACAACCACCGAAGUUAAGCGCACCAAGCGUGAAGGUAAACCUGACAUGAAAUCUGACGUCAAGUAUGUCACUGAACUCAAGAUUCAUGACAUCAACGGGCUUGAACACCCCCAUGGUGACGCUCACCCCAAAGUUACCCUUCAACGCCACAAGAAGACGACGCCAUCCACCGCCGAUAGUGACGACGCCGACGUCUUUGAGGACGUCAUGUGUCGAAACGGGAAUGCCGGACCGGGCGUUACUGAAACGAAAAUUGAAAAAAGAACUGAAGUAAUCAGCGAAAGAAAAAGUUUCCUCCACAACUCCUGA